UCUCGCGUGAGGCCGAGCCCGAGCAGCCCGAGAAGCAAGAGUAGCCACAGGAUACCGCACGCUCCCUCUUUUCUAUCUACGGUCUUUCUGUCUUCCUUCUUUCUCUUUAAACCUUCCGCCUGUCUUUCUAUCUUUUAACCUUCCCUGUGUUCUCCGAGUGCUAAAAAAAUGCUGCGACAAGCAGAAAAUUCUAACUUUGCCGCCGUUUUCGCUCUCGUCUAGUUGUUUUUUUUCGCUGUCUGAGGGUGUCGGGCUGUUUACUUUCUGGCUCUGGACCUGACGUUUCACGUCUGCUGUCUGGGAGGGCUCUGACAUGUCCUUGGACUGCUUGUAUCUUGUGUAAAACGGUCCGUCUGUAUAGGUUCGGUGGCUCUUGCUAGAACAAGUCUCCCACUUCAUACGCACGAGCAGCAACUAUGGACGCCGGCAUGAGUGCUUCCGCAAGAGGCCGGAACGGCGCUUCGGCAGGAAAGAGUCUGAACCACACCAGAGGACUCGACCAGUCGGCCUUUAUCGACGUGUCACUGGAAACGCCGAUCAACCAACCACAGCAACAGCAGCAGCAGCAGCAGCAGUUUAGGGGGUAUCCAGCUCCGAUAAUGCAGAAUGGUCUACCGCAGACCCAGAAUUUUAGAGGAUAUCCUCCGGGCUUCAAUGGCCCUAGCAACGGCGGCAGCCCGAUGUACAUGAACCCACAGAUGAGCACGAGCAUGAACGGGUUUGUCGGGAAUGGCCCGCAGAUGAUGUACAUGCAUCCGAACAGCUCCAGCAUGGUGUCGGUGCCGCAGGGCAUGGGCAUGGGCAUGCCGAUGGGCGGCUACAACGGCAACAACGUCGGCAGCUACCAGCAGGCGGCUCGGAAUAAGCAGCGCAGAAACUCGAAUGCGUCGAUGAGCACGAUGUCUGUCAACCGGUUCAUGAAGAAGCAGUGGAGCAGGGUCGGAGGUGGCGGCGGCGAUGACGGCGACGGAGACGACGGAGACGGAGACGACGCUAAAAUAGAGAUCGACACCUCCGAGAACGAGAUCUCCUUUGAAGACCUCCAGCACAUCAGGGGCGACAGACCCGGCUUCGGGUUGACCGACUCCACCCCAUACAUUCCGACGCUGAAAGUGUCGACGCAGGGUGGCUCGAAGGUCACAGGUGAACAGCACAGAAAGAUCCAGAUGGCGCAUAAGAAGGCAUUCGCCAUGAACCUAGCCAGGCAGAACAAGCAGCAGCAGCAGCAGCAGCAGCCGAGGUCAAUGAGUCUUCAGACUUACGGAAAUGCAGGGUAUGCGCCCAACUACGGAGGAGGAUAUCCUGGCCCGAUGGCACCGAUGGGGACUGUGGGUCCGAUGGGCCCCAUGAAUCCUAUGAUGAUGCUUCCCCCACCUUCACAGCAACAGCGCCCCUCACUGCCUCCAAAUCAACAGAACGGCACAAUGAUGCUGCCGGUGCAGACCGGAAUGAUGACGCCGUCGAUGACUGGCGGCAGCACCUACGCUAACAACGCCAAUACUGGUCACCAUCCAGUCCAGUUGAACCAACCUCCAUUUAAUCCGAGGUCGAUGUCCUUGCAGUCUGACUCUGGUAUGAGACAGCGCCCUUUCCAAGUGGCUAACAAUGGGGCAAACGCCUGGGGUCCGAUGAUGAGGUCCCAGACUCCAAAUAGAGCGUACCCCAACGGAACUGCAGCAAAUUCUCCCACCUUAAACCCGGCAGCGGUUGGAAGAACACCUCCUUCGUUUUCGCCAAGGUUGAAUCCUACUGGCAAACCCAAUGGCGGGAAUAAUGGCGAGAUAUUGCAGAACGUGCAGGAGGAAACUGGGGUAGAGUCACAACCGGAACAAGCUCCUGCUGCUGCCACCAGUACCACGGCUAUCCCAAAGAGCAAAAAGAACAAAGUUCUCAGCAAGAUUGAGUUUUCACCUGUGUCAGAGGGUGACAAGGACGAUAUGGAGAACGGUGUCUCAGAGCAGGUCAAGCAGAUAAAAAGUGGCAUCAAUGACAACGAAAACAGUCCCAUCAAAGAAACAGUCUUGCCUACCUUACCAACUGUGCCUCCUGCAUCUAGCAACGGCUCCAGAGUAACUACGCCUACAAGAGAGACUGGUACCCCUCUGAGAAGAAGGGAAAAAGGUCAUCAAGUGACAAGAAGUGGGGUAGGUUCGGUGGUCUCCUUUGACUCUCUUACUCAGAAGGAUCAAAAGGCAAUGCAGGACAAACUCUAUCAUCUGAGAAAUAAUUCAAGCCAAAAGACCAUAUUUUAUUCUGCUGCGGAAUUCCAGCCCAUUGCUUCUUCAGACUCCCUUGCACGUCAAAGGGAGGACGAUUCAGUAAACAUGAAGAAACAACUUUCCGUUCAGAAUGAAGAGCCAGAAUUGUCGACAUCUACUGCUCUCGAUGAUGUCCAUGAGGGCGUUGAAGAACCAAAUGCUACAGCUACUGACUCUAUCGCCACCACCGGCGCUGUGGCUCCUCCCAAUGUUAACAUUGAUGAAAUCAACGACUCUUUGGAUGAGAUGGUUCUGAAGACCUCGCCAGUCGUUAAUCAUAAUGCAUUUGGUGGCAACUAUGGCUCGUACGGUGAUAACCUCAGGAACUCAACUACGAGUUAUAAGUCUGUAGAGGCCACCCAACCAUUGCAUCUCAAUCUGAAGGAAAACAACAAAAACGCUAACCUUAACCCCAAUACCCGUGAUACAUACAGCUCUUUAUCACCUGCUAAAACCGAUUAUAGCGGGAACUUGGUAGAUAUGAGCUUAAGUUUGAACUCACAAUCAAAAGAAUCGUCUCCGCUCAAAUCAACUAGUAUCAGAAAGGAUAUCUUGACCAAAAAGGCAGAAUUUCCAAAUAAAAGAGAAUUCACUCCUCCACCAAGCGCCCUUGGCUUGACAACAGACUCUAUCACUGCCGCAACCUCCAUCAAAUCUACUCCUUCAAAAAUAAGAUCUUCCGAUUCUGAACCAAGAACCCCAAUCUCCAUCGCAAGUCCUAGCCAUACCUCCUUUUUCACGCCUGAACAAUAUGGGUUGUUAAAUGACAACACUCAACUCUUACAGGAAUUAGAGUUGGUAACGACUGAACUUGCUUCAUCAGUCUCCAGAGAAAUCGCACUAGAAGGUGAUUUAAGAAAACGUUCAAAGAGCAUGUCUAGAGAAAAUUCUUCAGUUGGAAAAAAGCAAGAUUCAGACUGCAAUGAACCUGAUCUUACCGUGACCGAUACUGGUGAUAAUGAGACUAGUAAGGGAUCGGCUAAAAACGACUCUGAAAUAGAAAUAGAUGCACAAUCCAAGACUCCUAGUCAGUAUGCGGCAACUAUAACUUCAUUGACUAAGCAAUUGAACGAAGAAAGAAAGAAAAGAUAUUUAAUUGAGGGCAUAUUACUGAAAUUUCAAGAAUCUCCCGGUGGUGCAGAAUUUCAAGAUGAUUUGCUGGACGAAAAGAAAAAAGUCAGCCAGCUUACCGACCAGUUGAACAAUAUCAAGGAGAGUGUGAAUUUGCACAAGACUGAGAAAGAUUUAUUGGAGGUUGAAAACACCGCACUUAAGUUGGAAAUUGAGGAGCUGCAACGCAAGUACGGAAACAUGGAAAGAGAAGUGGUCCCACGUUUGAAAAACCAAGUUGAAAUGCUCGAAGAGAUGAUUAACUCUUCGAAGCAUGUUGGAGGAUCGUUCUCCUCACCAUAAAAUUUACAGCAUUAUAAGUUUAGACUUCUUUUGUUUUUUUUACUACCACUUUCUGGCGUAACUAUUUUAAUGACCUAAUUCUUCCUAUUUAUAUAUGACUUUACUUUAUAGACAAAGGUGUAAACCCACUUAAUCCUAUAUUCAUACUCUCGUU